GGAAGACGAUCCAAAGGGGUUGGGGGUAGAGGACGGGAGCUGAAGAACAAGUUGAAGCUUCUUACACGUCCUAUUUAUACAAAAUUGUAUCAGGUGAUCUCUUUCUCACUCUAUCUGGUAAAUGAUCAGGUGUAUGGAUUUCCCACUCAUGAGUCUGCAGCAGUGGUUCUGAAAUUUCUAGAGGAUUAUACAGGAAAAGGAACUGUGUAUGCUUUAGAGGUUAAGGUUUCCAAAGAAGGGCAUAGAGCAUAUGCUAAAGUACAGUUUACCAAUAACAGAAGUGCCGAGGAUAUCAUCUCAUUGGCAAAUCAGUGGCUCUGGUAUAGGUCUUCUUAUUUGAAAGCUUGGGAAAUGGACUCUGACAUCAUACCAAUGCCUCGGACCUAUGCGCAUUGCAUGGAACAGUUAAAUGGUGCUCCUCGGAUCUAUGAUCAAGUUGAAGAUUCCCUUCAUAGCUAUUUCAAGGAAACCCCUAAUGAUCAAUGGGUCAGGACAACUGAUUUCACCCAAUCAUUCUGUAUCGGGCAAUCUUCUAGUUUAUGUCUGGAGAUUCCUUACGGAAUUCAGCUUCCAAAUUUCCACAAAAUCUUUCCUUAA